AUGGUCUCAACAACAAGUAACGGUGAGUCCCCUUCCGUGCGAAUAAAUGAGAAAGGGCUGGCUCGUAUUCUGCUCACAACAAAUCCAGGUCGAUGUCAUACCAGUCCAACGAUGGAUGCAAUUGUUUCUGGACCAACUGAACACUACCAUGCGCCAAAACCAGAUCUGGUUCCAGUAUUGGAACUCAAAAAUAAAAUAAAAUCACGAGCUACUGAAACUGAAGAACCAUCAAAUACAAUUUUACAUUCUACAAUGAGAUCUUUUCCGUUAGAUGCUGCCGGUCAACUACCUCAAAAUGUCAUCAAAGCGUUUGAUCCAAUUGCCGACGAUUACGCCGAUGAAGCUGCCGAUUUUCUUGGUUAUUUCGAAAAAAAAACGUGGAUAGGAGAGUCAAAGAAGAGAGAAAUUUGGAAUGUUUAUGAUCGAACAGUUGUCAAUCUUCCACGCUCGAAUAAUUCGAUUGAAGGAUGGCAGAAUGCAUUCGCAAGACUUGUUGCAAUUGUACAUCCAAGUAUUACAAAAUUAACCGAGAAGAUUCGUCGUGAACAAUCGAAAUUCGAAGUCGACAUCGCACAAAUUUGUCAAGGAUAA